GUCUCAGUGCGACACCCAGGACUCGGAAUAAACCCCGAGUCCUUUUUGCUUUUGUGUUAAGCAAGAAGGGCGCAGCUGAAAGGUGGUUGUGUUGUCGUAUAUCAGCUGAAUAUUUCAAGAGUUUCAGCAACCAUGUCUUCAGUUCAGCAUCUCAGAGAGUUUAUCAGAGAGCGACUAACUGCUGCUGCUGAAGAAAUCUUCACCGAGGUUGAAAAAACCAUCGUCCGCUAUGAGGAAGACAUCAAACUGCUGGAAGUUUGCUGGAAACCACAGAUAAAACUCAACCGAAUCGACCAGCCAAAGCAACAUGUCAGCAUCAAAGAGGAAGUUCUGUCUGAGCCACAGAUCUGGAACCAGCAGAAGAGCUGCAUUCAGGAAUCAGAACCUUUACAGACUACACAGGAACCAGAACCUCUAGAGAUAAAGGAGGAGCCACAGAUACAAGAGGUUAUGGAGGAACCCGAUCAUCUUCAGAUUAAAGAAGAUACAGAGGAACCAGAACUUGGAGCUACUGUGGUCUGGUACCAGGAGGAACCCAGACUGCUGGAUAUCUCCUGGAAUUCCCACACGAAUCGCAACAGAAAGGACUUCCAAAAGCCACAAGUUUCAAUUGAGAAAGCUUCAACCAUCUGUCUCCAGGGUCAGAGGUCGAGUCAUGACCAGGAGUGGAAACCACAACAUCAGCAGAUUAAAGAGGAAAAACAGGACCCAGAACUCGUUCAGGAAUGGGAAGAUCCAGAAACUAAACAGAUUAAGGAAGAGAAAGAACCAGAAUCUCUGUGGAUCCAGAGAAGAAACGAGGAAGUAGAUUUUUCAGUGCUUAAACAUGAACAGAAUAUUUACCAGGAAGACGGGGCCAGAAGCACCUCUACGAACCUCUGCAGCAGUCAGGAGGGAGAGCAGCUUGUCCAGCAGGAUAUUUCUGUGAUGGAAACAUCCACUCUUCCAGAAGGCGAUUUCAGUGAACAAGAAAAAAGAGCUGAGCAGCUUUCCUUUCAAAUUUCUCCUGGAUUUGAAAGCAAUGAUCAGGAAGGAAGCAGCUCCUCUGUGUCAGAGAGUCGGUCUCUUACUAACAAAAAGCAAAGGUCUUUCACUUGUCAUCUUUGUGGGAGAAGUCUUGCAAGUCAGUGCGGCUUGGGAAGGCAUUACAAAGCCCAUAAAGGUGAGAAGCCUUUUUCUUGUCAAACAUGUGGAAAAAGUUACGGUCAAAUGUAUAGUUUAAAUGAGCACAAGAAAAGCCACACAGGUGAAAGACCUUUUUCUUGUCAAAAAUGUGGAAAAACCUUUGCUCGAAUGGAAUGUUUAACCGUUCAUAAGAGAAUUCAUUCAGGUGAGAGGCGUUUUUCAUGCGAUACGUGUGGGAAAACUUUCUCUGACAGUUUUUAUUUUAAACUGCACAAGAAACUUCAUACAGGUGAGAAGCCUUUUUCAUGUGAUACAUGUGGAAAAUGUUUUAGAGGUAGUGCAAAUUUGAAUGUUCACAAAAGAAUCCACACAGGUGAGAAGCCUUUUUCAUGUCAAAAAUGUGAAAAGAGCUUCUCUCGAAUUGAUCAUUUACAUAAACACCGGAGGAUCCACACAGGUGAGAAACCUUUUCCAUGUCUAACAUGCGGAAAGAGCUUCUCUCGACCUCAUCAUUUAAAAACACACAUGAAAAUACACACAAGUAGGAGGAAUUUUUCAUGUGAAAUUUGCGGAAAGAGCUUCAUGUAUGCUAGUAAACUGGAUUACCACAAGAAACAACAACACAAAAGUGAGAAGUAGUAAUUUGUCUCACACAGAUCGACUAUUGUACAUAUUAAAGCUUUUCUUUGCUUUUUUUUCUUUGUAAAAUAUAUCAGAAAAGAAAAAGGCAUAAAUUCUGUUUAAACAUGGUUAGGAGUGAUGUUGGGAUAUUUGGUUUAUCACGCCUUUUGGACCAGGUCUUAGGAAACCUCUCCGAGUCUGUAAACAUCAGCAGUUUGGACCUAAUGGACAAAUGUCUUUUUCACACCACUGUCAACCCGACUUGUUGGGAGACACCUAUUAAUGUAUGGUUCUGUAGCGCAUGUCAAGAAAAUAUUCAAAAGAAAUAUUAGAUGGGAAACUGAAAUACCCAAGUGAGAUGCUACUUGAUACGCUAUAUAUCUGAUGUUUGCAAAGCAGCCAAUCCAUAAGCGUCAUUCAUUUUCCUUUCCAUGAAUUGUCUGUAUCCCUAAUAGCAGAGAUGAGAAAGACCUUGGAUGUUGGCUACUGCAAUCAUGACGAGACUUCUUUACACUUAAGGUAUAUUUGGUUAUCAAAAUAGGCAGUUUCAUGCGUUUCAAAGUCUCAAGUAUCUGUGGAUUUCAGCUGCAGUACUUGCAAACUUAUGUUUGAUAUGAGGAGUUGAAGAGAGCUACGUUAAGUGAUGUUUGCUGGGCUCUCUCUUUCUUAUAACAAGUAAAAUGAAACUCCUAAUAACCAUUAUGCAAUCAGAUGGCCAUAGAAGUGUGGAAGUGAAUGGAUAAAAUUAGGGGUGCAUUGGUGAUCGGCCGAUACUUAUCCGCCUCAGCAAAGGUCUAAAAAUCAACCACUGUCCUCUUCUGCUCUGCUGUGAAAGAGGUUUGACUGAUAUGACCUGGUGGGCUGGUCUGUCUGCACCUUUCCAGUUAACAAUAGACCCCCCCCCCCCCUCUGCUGCCAAUUCAGUGACAUUUCAGACAAAAAAAAUUGGUAUCGGCCAAAAUUGGAAUCGGCAGGUCUGGCUUUUUAAAAGUUGGUAAUCUGUCUAACUGGAAUCGUUGCAGUUUUUUUUUUUAUCUACAUCACCUAGAUAAAAUACAUGUCAGUUCUGACAUUUGAAAUUUGGUUAUUUAAUUAAGUAACUGCCUCCCUCCAGUGAAACUGGUGCCUCUGGACUAGUUGUAAUUUUUGUAAUUAGCAUUUUGACUAGCAUAGUGAGGUUAGGGUCUUUGUUGGUAUGAGGUUUAGUCCUUGUCAAGCCUGUACUGAUUGUGGUAGAAACGGAUUGGUCUCUGUGGAGACGUCCAGUGAGAGAAAUCCUAGGACAGCUAACCGGUAAAAUGGCACCAGGAAAAUCCAGGUGCUGCCUGAAAGUCCCAUAGUAAACUGUUGUAGCAUCCUCUUAGCAGGUGGCUAUGGUUGUUCCCAAAGGACUGGUAAAACUUGUCUUCAUGAAGUGCAUUCAUUUUUGGAUUAUGUUGCAACUUUUCUGCGUAAUGCCAUCGGAUUUUCUGUCAUCAUAGACAUCCCUUUGUAGUAAAUCAGUAAUUUUUGAUUGAGAAGUUAACACUGCUUUCCCAUGCAGCUCAGUCGAAUGAGCUCUGUUUGGGUGAAGCUUAAUGAAUGAAUUUACACCUGGACUUCAUUUGCUGUUUUUCACUCUGCUGUUCUUAACAGAAAAGACUGUAAACGCAGUAAUAAAAUAUCAAAUGAUUUGUUAAGCUGAAAAAGUAAAACCUGUUUUUUGUUUUAUCAUGCUUGAACACAUUUUGCUGAGUUCUGACACAUUAAAUAACAGAUGUUUCCUUGUGGACGAGAGCCAAAUUUCAUGUGUUGAUUUUUUGGAGGCUCAGCUCCAAAAUAAAGCUAUUAUGUUGCUUCCAAAUUUGAGUCAGACUUCUUGGAUAUAUUUUUUUAUGUGAUGUCUAGUAAUUAAAGGAGUGAGAUGUUUAGCUGAAUCUGAUGCACAAAGAGAGAAUAACUGACAAAGUUGUUCAACAUGUGAUCAUUUAUGACACAUUCUGUGAUGUGCAGCAUUCAGGGAAGACCAGGAGAUACAAAAGCUUCUUAAAGAAAUUAUUCUUGUUUGGACUGAACAGUAAACAGUAAUCUGCAUGAACAAACAGCUUGUGUCUCAGUAUUUGCUUUGCAUGUCUUACUCCAACAGACGGGGAUCAGCUCUGAACAGAUCUGGUAAUGAGCCUUUCAUUUGAUUCUGGUGUGAUGGAGCAGGGAUGCAUCUGAACGUUGCAGGUUAGCUCUUGAGGACUGGAUUUGACUACCCCUGUUGUAGUCUUAGGCUGCUGCUGAACCGUGUUACCUUCAAGUCCACUAAGAAGAUCCACAGAGGUGUUCAGUAAAUAUGGAUGUUUGCUUUUGAUCUCAGAAUGGUAAAAUUUAAUUUUUACUGCUAAAAACAAGUAAAACAAAAAAACAAUUUGAUUAACAAAGGCCCUAAUUUUCUUUCUAUUUAUAUAAAAAAAUAACCCUCAUCUGUCAAAGGCCCUUUGACGUGUCCUAACUUUCCCCCUCUUUAUGCAAGCUAAUAUGUUGGCACUGAAAUUUAGCAUGCCUGCAGAUAAAAUGAAAGUGUUCCUUUUUGGAACUUAUUGCACCAUAUUUUAUAUAGCUCACCUGUGGUGCAACUACAGCAAGACUAUGAUGAAGAGACUGGAAGUAGCCAAUACGCUUUCAGAAUCCUCCUAAAUUGUCCAUGAUUAACAUCUUCAAGUCAAAUAUUUGUAAUGAAUAACAAACCAACUUUUCAUCCAUUGCUGAGGAAUUUCAUGUAUAAAUUCAUGUGCCAAUUGGAUGUAAAACAACUUAAUAAAACCCCUGACAACUGCAACAUAUAUUGGAUAUAUUUCUAGCUUUCUCAACUAUUAAAAUAAUUGUUUAUCUGCUUUGCGAUGUCUUUUUCUUACUUGAUGCAUUUAUUUUCUACAUGACUGGACUAUUUGUCUCGAAAUAAAGACUCAUGAACUCAUGAA